GCUUUGUUAGCACGUCAUAUAAUCUGAAACGCAAUAAACGCUUAACGCAAGUCGUAACUCGUUCAUAUAGGUUUCAUAACCUUUGUAUAGUGAUUAGUGACGCUUUUCAAGUCUCUUGCAUUUGGUAACUUACGUUGUGCUUGAAUAUUACUAUUUUGAAGGUUUGCAAAACAGUGUUGAAAUAUUCCCUGGGCAAUAAGUAAUACAUACUUUCAAUACCUUUGAAAUAUAGAGACUACCUCGUAGCGUCGUAUUGUCUUUGUAUGCCCUUUCAAUAACCUGUGUUUGAAAAUUUUUCAACAUAAAUAAAUUCAAUAUGCCUAAACGUGGAGGAGGAAGAGUACGAAAUUGGAAAGGAGGCGAUCAUUUUGAACAUGAUGACCGUGCAUUUAACAGUGGAACCAGACGAGUCAUAUUCAAACAAAACACCAAUAAAGGAAAGAAUAAAUUUCGCAAUUGGAAUGAUGCUAAACUGCUGUUGGACGAUGAUGUUGACAUGGGGGCAUCUGGGCACCUUCAGCACAGAAAAGGUUCUUACAGAGGAAGAGGGGGAAGACUUAACUCCCCACCUCCAAGAGCCCUCCAUAAGAAAAAGUUUAUCACAGGUGUAUUACCAUGGUAUCAGAUUACAAUACCAUAUGGUGCGAAACAUGAAAAAGAUGUCAUUUUCAAAGCCCUUUUAAGCCACAUAUCACCAGACAUCUUUGUGCCACACUAUUUCAAAAUUGAAGGGAAUGCAGCCAUAUUUUAUGUGGAUGAUGUUAAAAUAGCAGAGAAGCUGUUUCAUGCUGAUCGUAAAAUUAUGAUGCCCAAUGGAUUCAAAAUGAUUUUGGUCGUCAGAAAUUCUGUGCCAAGGAUAAAUAUUAAUGCUGAAAUGCAAGAGAAAAUGAAGUUGGCUAUGGCGAAACGAUAUAACGCCGCAACCAAGGCAUUAGACUUGACGAAGUUCCAUGCUGAUCCUGAACUGGCUGAUGUGUUCUGUGCACUAUUUCGUCCAAUCAUAAUGUUGGCUGCUAUCGACAUCAUUGCUGAGAACAUACCAGAUUUGGAAGCAUUAAACCUGAAUGAUAAUAAACUACAUGGUAUUGAACACCUGAAGAUACUGUCAACUAAGUUUAAGAAUCUGAAGAUAUUAUACAUGGGUGAUAAUAGAAUACCGUCCAUAGCUGCGUUGGAACCACUGAAGUCACUGACCCUAGUGGAACUGUACCUCAAGGGCAAUCCGCUGGUGAACAGGUUCAGUGACCAUGAAACCUACAUAAGUGACGUCCGGAAGAAGUUUCCGAAGCUGCUGAGAUUGGACGGCGAGGACCUACCACCAGUCAUCGGUUUCGACGUGAACGAAGAAUUGAGUCUGCCGCCGCGACAACAGUCGUUCCUCAUAGAUCCCAACGGACAGGAUCUCGUUAGGGAAUUCCUCAAGCAAUACUAUGCUAUAUACGAUUCGGAGUCCAGACAACCACUGCUGGAUGCGUACCACGAGAGUGCAACUAUGUCCUUGACUGUGGCCUAUAAGAAUUACGAGGAGAGGAAUGUGGCUUCUUUGAAGUUGCAUGCAUACAUCCCAAACAGUCGGAACUUGCUAAGGAUACAAGAGAGAGAUUUGAGACGAAGGAGUUUGAAGACUGGCAGAUUACAAGUUGUAUCAUUUUUAUCAGACCUGCCCAAGACUACUCAUGACUUGAUGGGAUUUGCUGUUGAUCUAAUAGUUUUUAGGCCAACAAUGAUAGUGCUGACAAUGAAUGGAGUGUUCAAAGAGACGAUGACGCCCAGAAAUCCUACCAGAUCGUUCCACAGAACAUUCAUCAUAGUACCCAAUGCAACAGGAGGUUUCUGCAUUAUGAACGACAUGUUAUCUGUCACUAACACUACCAAGGAGCAGGAAGAAAAAGCGUUUUCGUCUUGUCCGCCUAUAGCCGUUCCCGCGCCCGCUGUCGCUUGCGCUUCCGCUGCCGCUCCCGCCGCCGCUCAAGCGAUAGCGACCCCGGGACAAGACGACACGCAAAAGAUGAUGCUCACCAUGCUCAGCCAGCAGACGGGCAUGAACGAGCACUGGAGUAUUAAUUGUUUACAAGAAACGGGGUGGGACUUCCAAAGAGCACUGUUUAUCUUCAAUCAACUUCAGUCUGAAGGGAAAAUUCCACCCGAAGCAUUUGUUAAGUGAACAAUUCAAUGAAGACUGCAACACUUGUGAGGUGUUCAAAUAGAGACUGUGAAAAUUGUAUAUAAUGUAAAUAAUAUGUGUGAAAAUGUUGCAAAAGAUUAAACAACAAAUGAAAAAAAUACAUACAUAAAAGCAAGUUUUUUUGUUAUGAUAAGUGAUUAGUUUAAAGUUAAAGAUCCAAUGUAAUUAUCACAUACUUGUAAGCAAGUACUAUUGAUUAAACUAUGUUUACUCUAAUUUUUUUGCGUUAUAAAAUUGUGAUUAAAAUUAUGAUAAAUUUAAAAGGAGUAUUGUAGUUUAAUAAGUAAAUUACUGUAAUUAAUAUCUGAUUGUUUAAAAAAAAAACUGAAAUAUUUGUUAUGUAGUUCUCUGAUUUUUUCUAACAAUUACUUCACUUUUUUUCUCUUGGUAGUGUAUUUAGAAUGAUAUGUUUUUGAUUAACUGUAUCUGUAUAAGUUAUAAAAUGAUUGUGUUAUAUUUAUGGUCUGUAGAAAAAUGUUAUUUUUGUUAAAUGUAUAUAAUAUUAUGUUUAUGUACAUUUACCAUUUUAAAGCAUUUUACUUACUUGUGAGUUUUUUUGUUUGCCACAAUUGUGAAUAUACAAUUGUCAAUUGAGUGUGUAUACCAAUUUGAAGUACUUAGUCUCGAAUAUAUCCUUACGUAUUGGCUACAAUGAUACAUUAUGUUUUGUUGUUUAUUUCAGAUUUAUAGCUAACAUUUUCCUAGUAUUCUGUAUAGUUUUUAUUCUGGAUUUCUUCAACUGUGGCCAAUAUUUUGUCAAAACUAACAUUUUAUUGUCAUAAAAAUUCUCUCUCAACUCUGAGUACAUAAUGUUAUGUAGUUGUAUUUUAGUAAUAUUGUAUGUUUAAUUCAAAUAUUUUGUAUGUAUGUAUAUGUAUAUGAAAAAAAAGUAAGUCUAUUUUCAAAAAAACAUUUGAUUUGUUGAAUAAGUGCACAAUUUUGAAAUGUCGAUACACGAAUGCAAGAAAAGAGUGACUUGCACGAAAAAAGAAUUCAAUUUAAAAAAAAUGUAAUUAGUAUUUCUUUGGGAUUGGGAGAUGCACAAGUUGAAGCUAUGGCAGACCCAAAACGGCCGGUUUUUUGAUGCCUUUAAGCCCAAUUGUGGGUGAUGGUUUGGUCGGAAUGACCCUUGGAAUAUAAUGUGGCGGAACCCCGUGGAAUAUUUUUUUUAUAGAUUCCUGUGGGCUAGCUGCAUGGUUUACCAGUUUUUUGGCUCGCUUUACUUGGCCGAAGUGAUGGGCGCCGGCUCUAUAGUGCAGGGUAGAUACGGAGGAGCUUAGGCUUUGAGUUUGAGACUUAUGAAUAAAAGUUUUUUUUUAAUA